UUGUCCAGCAGCUCCACACAGGAAGAGCACAGAGUGAAAGUGAGGAAGAAGAAGCCAUCAUUGUUCAGCAGCUUAAUCAUCAUCUUCAACAUCUGAAGCACCAAGAUGCUGACUGUGUCUCUACUGGUUUGUGCCGUGAUUGUUCUGGCUGGAGCUGAUGACGAUGCAGCUGCUGCUCCUUCUUGUCCCGAACUUUGGAGUGAGUUCAACGGUCGCUGUUUCAACUACGUUGGAACAGAAAGGAGCUGGACUGAUGCUGAGAAAAACUGCCAGAGCAUGAAAGGAAACCUUGCAUCGGUGCACAAUGAUGAGGAGUUUGGGUUCCUUCAGGGGAUGAUGGCAGAGGACAAUAGCACAAAUCCUGACAUCUGGAUCGGAGGCUCUAACUGCCAGCAGGACAAAACUUGGCUCUGGAGUAAUGGCCAAGUUUUCUUCUAUUCCAACUGGUGUGACGGGAAACCUGACAAUGAAGGUGGCAGCCAGCAUUGUCUAGGGAUGAACUCUACAGAUGGAAGCUGCUGGAAUGACUUAGAUUGUUCCUCCAAACUCCCUUCUGUUUGUGCCGUCAGCCUGUAGUAGCUCCUGAGCUGACACACACAGAGACAUGUUAUAACUACCAAACACACACACACACACCUGCUACAUGUGUGACAGUGUGAUUGUCUCUGUGUCAUCAGUCUCAUGUGUAAUCACAUCUGUAAUUAUGUGCACAAACUUCACAAACGUACAUCUUUGAUGCACAAUAAAAAUGUGGAGCAUUGAAACAA